AUGGACACAACUACAGCAGACGCGGACCCGGCUGCUGCUGUUCCUUCUGUUGCUACUGCUGCAAAUGCAGGGGAUCCAGCACCAGCAGCGGCUGCCGGAGGUGCCCCUGCCCGCAAGUUAGCAGCAGCGGCGAAGUCCGCCCCCAAACCUUGGGGACGGGGAGCCCUUAGUCGCAGCGGAGGUCCACUGCAACAGCAGCCUGCUGCAGCUACCGCUGGGCAGAGCGGAGAGUCGGGGUCGGCGACACCUAGCAGCAGUAGCGACACGGAGGACGAGGCAGCUUCUGCUGCUUCCUCCUGGGGCAGUCGCUACCACAGCAGAAGUAGCAGCGCCCACGGAGCGCCUCCGAACGAGAACAGCACACCGGCGUCCCGAGGUGGUUUGCGAGGAAAGAGACGCGGCAGCUUCAGGACACCGACAAUUGGAGGAGCAACUGCUGCUCCACCUUCAGGUGCCGGCGCAGUAUCGUCUAAACGCGGUCGUCGCCGAAGCAGAAGCAUCAGCAACACCAGCAGCGACAAGGGCGAAGGAGAUAUCGGCGGGCGGGAAGCAACAGAAACAGGUGCACACGAAGAAGACGAUGAAGUGGAGGAUGCAGCAGCAGCAGCAGCAGCAACGGACACAGCCGCUACAGAAGGUAUUACACGUGGUCGAUCCCAACGAAGAUGCCGACGAGUGCGAAAUUACAGUCUGCUGCACGCUGGUGGCACAGACCCUUCCCUAGAGCUCGAGUUGUACACAGAAGCAGCAUUGCAGCAGCAACAUCAGCAGCAGCAACAGCAGCAGCGGGGCACGCCUGGCAGCAGCUGUAGCAGUGGUAAGGGCCUUGUUCCUGUGACAGCUGAGACGCAUGCAGAGAGGUGGAGGCAGUUCUAUCGGUCUCAUCAGGAUCGGCUUGUUGCAUUCAAUUCCUUCUCUCCUGCUGCUGCUGGUGCGUUGCUGCUGCGGGCCCUUCCCGGCUUCGAGCUGAAGCAGCAGCAAACUUGUGUUGAGGCAGGACACGGCAGCCGGCCGGUGGUUCCACAUAUCUUCCUCUCAUGCUUGGAGGCCAAAUUCAAGUGCAGUGCAGUAUCUCCUCCCCCGUGUUGCUGCAACAGCAGCAGCACACGGUGCGGCAGCUGCUUCUGCUGUGUAGCAGCAGCAGACAGCGGUAGGUUUUUGCUGCUAGAAUGCUGCAGUGAGGCAGCCUUGUCUGCUAUUGGAGGAUCAGAGAACAGUCCUUGGCCACUCACAGAACAUGCAGAACCACCAGCAGCAUUUGCAGAUGCAAAUGCGUCGCCAGGGGACGCAGCAGCAGCAGAAGUAGCACAGCAAGCAACCACACUUGCUUUCGUAGAGCAGGCCGAUUUGCAGCAGGAAGAAAAUAGCAGCUUGCCCUAUGAAUCACUUGCAACAGUUUCAGCGGAGACGGCGGCUUGCUCACAGCUUUCGUCUGCCAGAGAAACAGCAUUCGCAGCAACAGCUCCUUGCGCACAACCACCAGCUACUGCUGCGUUCCCGUGUGCUGUCAAAGCCUUCUAUGGAAGCGGGGGCGACGUUGCUGCUGCAGUGCUGCGUUAUCUCCACGAUAACGGGAAGCUGGAAUUUCUUAAGCUGCAAAAGGGGACACAGUAUUUUGAGCAGCAGCACCAGCAAUCAGUUGAGCCGCAGGCGCCAGGUGCCCCUCUAGUUGCUGGUGGGGUUGCCGGGAGCAGCAGCAGCAGUUUGAGGUUUCUUGCUACACCUGUUUUUGCCUAUACACGGCGCAGUUUGCAUGCACGUGAUCUUCUACACCAGCAGCGGCAGGAGAGUCCUGUUUCGACAGGAAUAUCUCCAGCCGCUUUAAUCUCUCUUGGCGCUGCGAGUUCUCCAGAAGCUGCAGCAGCGGGAGUGGCAAGAGAAGGAACAGACGCAGGAGCAUUUGUGGGAUGCGCGAAGUAUGUGCUGCUGAAGAGCACUUUGGACAGCUUUUGUUGUUUGCUGCCGCUCACGGGGUCUCUGAAUUGGAAAGACGACUUGAGAAUACCCAGGGAUCUGGUUGAUUGGUUCGAUGGUCUGGCGCUCCUGCUGCAGCAGCACCAGCCUAACCAGCAGCCUGCUAGUGUUGCUGCUUUUAAAGACACUGAUUGCGUGGGGAUUGGCGGCGUCGGGUUCUCCACGGAUACUGACUUCCCCCAAGCAGAACGGCCCCAGCAGCAGCAGCAGGGGGCAGAGGCUAAGCUAGAGAACCCCGGUGUGCAGAGUCAGCAGCUGAGUAGACAACAGAGGGCAAAAGCUGAGGGAGACUCUGUGCCGGCCGAGCCAGGCGCAGUAGCAGCAACAACAGACGAUGCAUCAGGAGCAGCAAAGGAUAUCGACACGGGCUCACCGUCUCCUCCACUGGCAGAGUCUUCCCGAGACUCCUUCGGAUCAUCUGGAGGCUUCUUAGUGUUCUUGGAGCCAAGAGAGAAGAUGGAUAUUCACCUGUUAACUCUCUUCAAGGCAGGGCUGCUGCUUCUGUUGCUGCUGGUGGUCGCGCUGCACUCGGCCACGUUCAAUACGCAGUCCCCUGCGCGGUUCCUUCGGCUUGUGCGGAUAAUCCCGAGCAGCAACAGCAGCAACACCAACCCAGGGGACAGUCGUAGCAUAGCACUUGUUUUGGAGAAGAGACAAGAUGUGUUCAAGACGUACGGUGAACUGCACUUCGACUUCCUGCGGGUUUUGCAGAAGGCCAAGAGGGAGCUUGGAUCCCUCGAUCCAGACAGCAUCCUUCCCCCCCAACAGCCGCCCAAGUGGACAUCGUCUUCUCCUGAGGACAUCGAGGUGCUGCUCGAGCACCAGUUGCUUCAGCAGAACACCCCCCAGCAGCAGCACCACCACCAAGGGAAACGCGCUGCGCACAGGAGACGCGGGAGACAGGCCCAAAACAACGAAUUGAUGAGCGAUGAAGAGAUAGAGGAGCAGCUGCAGCAGCAACAGCUCCAGAGGAGAUCAGCUAGGGGGAGGCCACUGAGAACGAAAGCACGGGGCGCUGCGGAGUCACCUGGAUGGGGAUCCGCAGCAACGCCGGAAUCUGCUGCUGGACUGCUAGACCUGCAGCAGCAGCACCAGCAAUUGCCGCCGCAGCAGCAACAGCCGCAGCAGCCGCAGCAUCCCCAGCAGCAACGAGGCGCUGCUGCAGCACGCCGAGACUCGGGUGUCGACCCUCUUGCUGCACUGCGACAUCGCGUGGCAGCAGCAGAAAGGAAGGGAAGAAAUGCAAGAGCAGCGGCACAGGAAAGCCGUCAGCAGCUGUACGACUGCUGCAGUGAGCUCCUGCAUCGUCUGCUGCAGCAGCAGGGACCGGAAGAUGAGGCAGAGAGCACAGCGGAGAGAAGGUCUAGUGAAAGGGUUCAGCAGAAGCUGCAGCAGCUGCUGCAGCAGUUGCUGCGCCAAGCCAAAGUUACCGAUCAGCUAGAGGAGGACGCAGCAGCAGCAGCACGACAGGCAAGGGACGAGCUCGAGCAGCAGCAGCAAAAGCUUUUGGGGGAAGAGAACAACAACAGUGCAGCAACCAAUGAGGCGCUUGGAGAGAAACUUCGGAAUAUUGCACUUUCUGCCGCUGCACUGGCACAAGAAUGUGCUCAGCUGGCUGGCCAGCAGCAGCCGCAGGAGCAGCAGCAGCGGCAACAGCAGCAGCUCCAUGGUGAAGCACAGCAAACUCCUCGCGCUCUGUCUCCUUUGAUGAAGCGACCCCAAUUUGGCCAUCCGUUGCCGCAUCAACACUUGCAGCAGCAGCAACAACAGCUGUUGUUACACCUGCAAGCAGCAAGCGCGAGGGCCGCGCUACAGCAUGGAAUAGGAAUAUCGUUUCCCGUGUCUGAGCAAGGUCGUGCUGUAUUACAGGCUUUGCAGCAGCAAGCUGAAAUUUACAAUGUUCAGCAACAGCAACAGCAACAGCAACAGCAGCAGCAACACCCUUUACUGAGUAUCGCCAGAAGCGCGCUCCAUGCAUUGCCCGGAUAUUCCCCGUUUGCGGCGCAGGCUGCUGCUGCUUCCGCUGCCUUGCCUAUGGGGCUGCACCAUCAGUUGCUGCAGCAGCAGCAACUACAGCAGCAACUGCAGCAGCAACAACAACAGCUGCAGCAGCAACAGCACACACAGCAACAGCAACAGUUGCAGCACCACCAGCAGCUGUUACAGCAGCAGCAGCACCAGCUCGAAGAACAGCAGCAGCUGGAGUCGCACCCGCUGGAGCAUCCGUAUGAUGAGGCACAGCAACAGCAACAGCAGCCUCCCCCAGCUUACCAGACGCUGCCAUUUGCUCCUCCCACGUGA